UGAGACUGGUGGCUGCAUAGUCGAUAGACUGGGCGGGGUUGGGACGCAGGCGGGACCCGUGGGGACGCGAGUCCUGGGCGCCUAGAUGCCCAGACAGAGGCGACCGCGGGCUCGGCUUGGCCUCGACCUCUCGGCACCCUUGGACCUGUGCACCCUGGCCGUCUGCCCUUGGUUCCCAGCCGGCCAUGCCCUCACCCGCGCCUCCCACCGAGCUGCUGCCGUGGGAGCGCGCCGUGGUGCUGCUGUCGUGCGUGCUGUCAGCGCUGGGCUCGGGCCUCCUGGUGGCCACGCACGCCCUGUGGCCUGACCUGCGUAGCCGGGCGCGGCGCCUGCUACUCUUCCUGUCGCUAACGGACCUGCUCUCGGCUGCCUCGUACUUCUACGGGGUGCUGCAGGACUUUGCGGGCUCUUCGUGGGACUGCGUGCUUCAGGGCGCGCUCUCUACUUUCGCCAACACCAGCUCCUUCUUCUGGACGGUGGCCAUCGCCCUCUACCUGUACCUCAGCAUCGUCCGAGCUGCGCGCGGGCCCAGCACGGACCACCUACUCUGGGCCUUUCACCUCGUCAGCUGGGGUGUCCCUCUGGCCAUCACAGUGGCUGCUGUCUCUCUAAAGAAGAUAGGCUACGAUGCUUCAGAUGUGUCCGUGGGCUGGUGCUGGAUCAACCUGGAGGCUGAGGACCGUGUCCUGUGGAUGCUGCUGACUGGGAAGCUGUGGGAGAUGCUGGCUUAUGUCUUACUGCCUCUGCUUUACCUUCUGGUCAGGAAACACAUCAACAGGGCGCACCAGGCGCUCUCGGAGUACCGGCCCAUCUGGGAGGGGCGCCAGCUGCAGCGGGGCUCCUCUGCCAUGGCUGAUAAGAAACUGAUCCUGAUUCCCCUCAUAUUCAUCUGCCUCCGGGUCUGGAGCACCGUGCGCUUCGUCCUGACCCUCUGUGGCUCCCCAGCUGUGCAGUCUCCAGUGCUGGUUGUUCUGCAUGGCAUCGGGAACACCUUCCAGGGAGGGGCCAACUGCAUCAUGUUCGUCCUCUGCACCCGCGCAGUCCGCACGAGGCUCUUCUCCCUCUUCUGUUGCCGCUGUUAUUCUCGGCCCUCGACCCAGAAUCCCCCUGGAGCUCCUGCUCCCCCCAGGAAGAGAGAAUCUCAGGAAUCCGGACUGAUCCCAGAAGUUCCCAGCACUUGAGUGGUUGACCUUCCUCAUUGCUCGCACCGGCACCGCCUUCCUGGUUCGGAGACAGGGUCAUGCGCACUGGAAGCCUCAACUGGUGAAGCUCGGACCCCCGUGAAGGAACGGCCAUCAGUGCAGCCUCUUCUACCUCCUCUUCUCAGGCAGGCCGUGGACACCCGCGUCCUGGUUCCGUGUCCUGGUUCAGUGGGGUUUAUUUGUGGAAGCCCAAAGAUGUGGGAUUCGGGACGCCAGCAAUGCAGGAUUCUGUCAGGGCACUGGUUCUCAGUGUCCUGCGGCCACCAGCACUGUUUACUGUCUGAGGGACUCAGAUCUAUGGACCUCUCCCAGAGGUGACUGAAUAAUGUGUUAUGGAUUACAGAGAUGCGUCUACCCAGACAUCACAGAGUGGGGUCCAGGUUUGCCAGGGGACUGAGAUUCCCUGGAGAGCCUGGAGUAGUUAGAGCUGAACAGCAGAAGUUAAACCAGGUCCUCAGUCCACUGAGGUCACAGGAGACUCCUUCAUGGCUCCAAACCACCCAGGCACACACUCAUGGGCAUCUCCCGGGUUCUCUGCUAGGGUCAUCGGCCCUCAAUAUUUAUUGCAUUGAAUUUCAGCACAGGCCAGAGUCCAGAGUCCAGAGUCCUGCCCGUUAGUCAAUCACAUAACAUCCAGGUCCCUUCCUGUACCAGGACAGAAGGCAGCUCAGCUCCAGUCCCUAAGGACGACACUAUUUCACUCACCCUGUUCUCAGUGAUUCAUGUAGGGGUGAGUUGGGAGGGUGUCUGGCUUUGUUUAGUUGUAUUUUGUUUGUUUUGUUUUGUUUUUUGUAGGAAAGGUGAUCGGAGAGUUGGCAAAUGGUCCAAAUACUGAUUCCUCCCGAAGGGAAGUGUUUUGAGAUUCAGCCUUGGGCUGGAAUGUAGCUCGGUGGUAGUUGCCAGGUUGGUCCCUGCACCAAAAAUAUUUUAAGAGCCUUUUUUUUUGGUAGUUGUUUGUGGCAUAUGGAAAGAGGAUUCUGAGAUGAUUACAUUUAUUUUAUUGUUUGAGACAGGAUCUCAUUAUGUAGCCCUGGCUGGCCUGGAACUUGCUAUGUAGACCAGGCUGGCUCUAACUCACAGAGAUCCACUUGCCUCUGCCUCCCAAUAAUUACAUCUUUAAAAAAUGUUUUGUUUUGUGCUCUCUGUACUAGGGCCUUGUGUCCGUUAGGCAAGUGGUCUGCCUCUGGGUUCUACCCAAGCCUUCCUUUUAUUUUUUGUUUUGAGACAGAGUUGCCUAAGACUGGCCUUGAACCCCUGUCAGCCAGGCUGGUCUUGAACUUGCGAUUUCCUACCUCAACCUCCCAGGAAGCUAGGACUACAGCCCUGGGCCACCAUGCCCAACCAGAGAAGAGCAUAAGUGAGCUGUGUGUCCCUUUCUACUCAGUGGCUCUUCCAACGACACUUCCUGGCUUCCGAGAGCACUCAGAACGGGAAGUGUGACCGCCACCUUGCGGCGGGUCGAGGAAAUGUUCUAUACCUGUAGGUAGUGCCCUUGGAUUCUGUCAGUACCCCACGAAGCUGAGAGGAUCACAGAGCAUAGUAAAAUGGCUCAGGGUGAGAGCAAAGCCACACUGAGCCAUCGAUUCCCAUUUUGCUCUCAAAACGACAUCUCUCUCAGGAAAGGAAUAGUCACUCAGAGGACUGUGGCUAUACACUCCUUUUCUUAUUUCCCUGGAAAGCAUUUCUUUAGGAAAAUCUGCAAGAGGUGGGCUUCCUCUUGGGAGUUAAAGACAGCUCCUGGGCAGGGGGCUGUCUGUUUACAGAACAUGCUGAGGUCCUGUGAGGAUAGUACAGCCAAUUUGUGCACUGUCAGUGUGCUGCCAAGCAUGAUCCCCUGGCUUCCAAAAUGGAACCGAAAUUCGAGGAAUUUGUUUCCUGCAGAGGAGAAAAUGAUCUACAAAGUACCACAGAGGAAAUGAUGUUGGAAUAAACCCAGCUGGGCAGGGCAUUGUGGAGCCCUGGCUGUCUGAGACCUUGUUCAGAAAAAGCCUGCAGAGGGAGUCGGGGGCCUUAGAAAGCCCUAGCUGGAGCCCGGGGCUCACUCAAGCUCUCUCUUUGAUGACUGAUGCCAGGGUGGCUGUCUGUAAAACCCUCCACCAAGUCGACACUGGCUCCUUCCAUCUCUCUCCCACACUGCCCUGUCACUGCCGGUGAAUGGUGGUGACCCCAGGCUCGGUGCCUUGCCUCCAGCCCUGUGAGCUCACAGACAUCAACCUUAGUGGGUCUGGUAGGUGCUCGGAGUUCAGAACCGAAGACAAAAGGAAGGUGAGUGGGUCCCCAGUGCCAGGAGAAGGCACUAGAGGCUGCCAGCUCCCAUGAUGCCUUGCUGAGCCUGGAGGCUUUCUAUCUCUAUUAGUUAAUGUUAUUCAUAUUUAUCUGCAUCUGCCCUCAGUCACCCAAAUGUGACCUCAGCCUUAACGGGUGCUACAGCCCUUGCCAUGUCCCCCCAUCACCCUUCUUCAGCACUUUAUGACUCUCGUUCCCCUGGUCAGUUGCCAGCUGCUUCCUGCCUCUGUCCAUCUGAGGCUUUUUUUUUUUUGGCGAUAUGUAUACAUGUCACCAAAUAUGUUUGUAUAUAUAUGUAUAUACAUAUAUAUUUUGCAGUAUAUAUGUAUAUAUCUCAAUAUAUACAUACUAUAUAUACAAAAAUAUAUACAUAUAUUUUGCGAUAUGUAUAUAUGCAUAUUGCAAAAAUGUUUAUGUGUGUAUAUACAUAUAUAUAUUUGCCCUAUAUAUGUAUAUGUAUAUACCACCAUAUAUACAUACAAUAUAUACAUAUAUUUUUUGCAAUGUGUGUAUAUGUAUGUCUAUAUAAUUUUUGGAGAUACCAGGGGAUUAAACCUAGGCCUUUGUGCAUACUAGACAAGUGCUCUAGUAUUUCGCUAUUUCCCCAGUCCUUUUAUUUUAUUUUUUGAGUUUUGAAGCAAGGGGUUCUCACUGGUUGUCCAGGCAGGCCUUGAACUUGGGAUCCUCCCGUCUCAGUUUCACUGUUUCUGGAAUUGCAGGCCUAUGCCACCAAACCCAGCCAACUUCCUGAAGCCUUUUAGUUCGUUCUUCCUGUCUCCCUCUCUCUUAAAAGAAUAAUAAAGAUUAUAUGUGUCCGAAGCUUAGAGUGCAAAUGAAACCCUUCAUUUGUCUUUACUUUGUUUUUAUGUGUGUGAAUGCUUUUGUGUAUGUAAAUGCACACAUGUGUGCAGUACCCAGAAGGGAGGCUGACCCCAGAAACUGGGGUUACAGGUGGUUGUGAGCAGUAGGUAGAGGGAGCUGAAGCAGGGUUCUCUGCAAACACAGCAAAUGCUCCUACCUGCUGAGCCGUCUCUCGGGCCCUUCUCAUAUGUUUUAAUAAACUCACAGUUGUGGCGUAAUUAAGUCUAGCAUGAGAUUGUUUGGAAGCAUGAUGCUAACCCUGACUGGGUGAAAGCCCAAACUCUUGCUGUUUUAAAUUAAAUGAAUUGAUUAUUUUUUUC